AUGAAAUUUGAAUAUGCACCAGAAGAAAUCCCUGAGAAGGUGAUUCGGGUUUUGCGGCAGUUUUCUCUGCAUUCGGACAGCGGCCAAAAAGAUGCCGGGAAGGUGUUCGAGAUGAUGGUGGAUAAGGUGAAGUAUGAUAUCGCUGCAAAUCAGCCAAUAACAAUGGUACUCCCGGCUUUCCCAUGGAAGAAUCCAAACCAGGAUAAGGUCAUCGCCGAUGGGAUUGAUUUAGGAGAAGAGUUGGGGCUCGCCAAGCUGAAUCACUUGUGCGAGGAAAUUGCCAAAGUAUACCCUUAUGGGGCACGAUUGAUCCUCAUCUGCGAUGGACCCGUGUAUAAUGAUUUGGUCGGCGUGUCUGACGAGGAAUCCUACGAAUAUGGGAUCCAGUUACGCCAAAUGGCCGAAAAGAAACGAUUUUCCUCCAUCCAUUUCACCCGUCUGAUGAAUCUGCUUGGGCUAGGGGACGGCGAGAAAGUCUCCAAAGCAGAUUACCUGCGUCUAAUGCCCACAUGCAGAGAGACAUUGAUGUCUUCUGCUUAUUUUGAUACCAAAUUCGACAUCGACCAUGAACUGAAGACGAAUCCCGAUACCAAAAUCACCUUUGACAGCUACUUCAGCCGUAUCUCGGAGGAUCUCAGAUGGUCCAAAGGGCUCGACCCUGUCAUCAAGGAGGACCAAGUGUUGUAUGCGGCCGAAGUGUCCAGGAUGGCGAAGACGAUGAUCAACAGGCUUAUCGUAAGUGGAUUGCGCAUGAUUCGUGUCCCAAACAGCCUCUGA